CUGACUGUUCAUCAUGGCACAAUUGCAGGAUGGCCACUGCAGAAAGCUGUGGAAGAUCUUGUCGAUGAUAUUGGCCAUGCUCUUAGAGAGCUACAUGAAUUGAAGGGUGAACCACGAGAUCAUUCAGUUCCACGAUGGGCACGGCAUGCCUUCCUCAUAUGCUUCACGUUAGUGGUUCUGGCACUCAUAAUCGAGUGGUACAUUGUUCGGCGAAAACUUGGCGUUCAAAAAAGCGGUCAAAUCAAAAUUUCCGCUGGUAAAAGUAAAACUCAUUUGAUGUUUUAA